AUGAUGGCAACGAAGUUCAUUCCGCGCCAAACCUUCCCCCAUUAUGGAUCCAUCCCAAGGUCAUAUUACCUGGGUCACCAUCGGACUGGGUUGAAUAAAAUGAAGAAUAUGUUGUCCUCUAUUGAUUACGUUGUCGAAUGCCGCGACUACAGGGUUCCGGUGACCUCAAUGAAUCCGAUGUUCGAAGAGGCACUGGGAAGCACAAGGCGCUUGGUUGUAUACACUAAAAGAGAUCUUGGUGCGGAUCCUCGGCCCCCUGUACGGCAGCAGGUUGAAAAGACGAUCCAAAGCUUCGACCCCACCAGCGCCGUCUUCUUCGUUAGCUCGUCCUCCCGAAGGGACAUGAGUCCUAUAAUCAGACAUCUCCGGGAUGAUGCACAAGGGCCAGAUAACCUGGUUGGUAGUCGUGUCAUGGUAGUUGGUAUGCCAAACAUUGGUAAAUCGACGUUAAUCAACGGUCUGCGCAACUACGGAGUAAAAAAGGCCAAGGCUGCACAGUCCGGCGGUCAACCAGGUGUCACACGCAAAAUCGGAACACCAAUCAAGAUUAUUGAGAGGGAGAGUGGUUCUCAUGUAUAUGUGCUGGACACUCCAGGUGUCUUUAUGCCAUAUGUCCCCGAUGCAGAGAACAUGCUCAAACUAGCCCUAUGCGGAUGUGUGAAAGACUCGGUGAUCUCGUCCUUGACGUUGGCAGAUUAUCUGUUAUACCAUAUCAAUCUGCAUGAUGAGCGGGCAUAUCAGCGGUGGUCUGAACCAACAAAUGAGAUUGGUUCUCUCCUCGAGAAUUUCGCUCGAUAUACUGGCCUUCUGGCCAAAGGCGGCAUCCCGAACAUUGACCUUGCAGCAUUGCAUUUUAUCCAAAAAUGGCGGUCUGGCGAGCUCGGGCAGUUCAUUUUGGAUCAUUUGCAGGCUGAACAGUCCCGCCGUCAAGAAGGAAUAACCGAGUCAGCGACCAGUAUAACGCAAGCACUGAAGGCAGAUAGGAUGGCGAAGAAGGGGAGAAAUCAACAGGACACAAGAUCCGACUAG